CUGAUGACCUUUGAUUUGCCUUCCUGAUCCAGCGGACACUCCAAUCUAAACCUAAUUUCCCCUCUCAUCUCCGCACCCAUGCUGGACUGAUGCAGCCUGAAGCCGGUCAUGUCCAUCUUGAACGAUCCCUCGCUGGUGCGGCCUCAGUGUCAUGGCAAGGCCAAACCUCGCUCCCUCAAGGGCGUCGCGCGAGAUGCCUCGGUCAUAUCCCGCCGCUCCGUCCUCAAGUCCAUCUCCAUCCCGUCCUUUUCGUCCGUCCUCAGAACCUCGUUGACAUGGGCGGGAGACGCGUGGAGUGCCUACGGGGAUGGGUUGUCCCAGAAACAACGCAAACUGCUUGCUGAGGCGGAGGAUCGCAAGCAGGUCUUGUAUCUUAAGAAGCAGAAUGCUGUGACGUAUGAUGAAUGGAGAGAAGCUGCAAGUGAACUGGAUGCAUUGGAGAACAACACUGUCUGGAAACAAACGUUUGACUGCCCUGACUAUGACCCCGAUCUCGUACAGGAGCGCCUCAAACAGCUUGAAGAUGCCCGGAUCAGCUGUGAUAUUAGUCGCAUGUUGUUCUUGAUUCGUACCUCCCUGAGUCGUCAUUUGGGCAACAUGAGCAACGCAGCUCUCUACAAACAUUCCCAUCUCGGGACAAAAGACCUCGUCGACCGAUAUAUCACCACCGCUUUGGACACAAUAUCUUCCUUGGUGGAGUCGUCCGGUAAAGACCGCUGCGAUGGGCUUGAGUCCAAGUAUAUUCUUGAUCAACUGCUGGCAGCAAGACAAGCCUUUGGGCGCAGCGCUCUGCUGUUUUCCGGGGGAGCAACAUUUGGCAUGAAUCACAUUGGUGUGCUCAAGGCUCUUUAUGAAGCCAACCUUCUCCCACGUAUCAUUUCAGGCGCGUCUGCGGGAAGUAUUGUGUGUGCUGUUUUCUGUACACGCACAGAGGACGAGCUACCAGCACUGCUGGAUACAUACGCAUAUGGAGACUUUGAUGUUUUCGGUGAUGAGAGUAAAGCGGAUGGUUUUUUCCGCAAGAUGACGCGGCUCAUGACGUCUGGAUCGUUUUUAGACAUCACUCACCUCGCCAACGUUAUGAGGUGCUGGUUGGGCGAUAUGACCUUCCAGGAGGCAUACAAUCGCACGCGAAGGAUACUCAACGUCUGUGUUUCCAGCGUGGGAAUCUAUGAACUGCCCAAGCUAUUGAACUACAUCACCGCGCCAAAUGUAUUGAUCUGGUCUGCUGUGGCCGUCUCAUGCUCCGUCCCGUUUGUGUUCGAGCCUUUUACCCUCAUGACUAAAGAUCCCCUGACAGGGGAGCCGGUGCCAUGGUGUGACUAUGAGGAUCAAUACAUUGACGGUUCUGUUGACGGUGAUCUACCUAUGAAUCGUCUGUCGGAGAUGUUCAACGUCAAUCACUUCAUUGUGUCGCAGGUCAAUCCCCAUGUUGUUCCUUUUCUCCCCAAAGACGAUGGACCAGACCGGCGUGUUCAGGCCUCGUUCACCGCCCCUCGUUGGCUUCUAGCUAUGACCCAUCUUGCCAAGGAUGAGCUCUUGCAUCGCAUGACGGUCAUGUCGGAGCUGGGAAUCUUCCCGACGCAUUUUACUAAAACUGUGUCCAUUGUAAACCAAAGAUAUUUUGGAGACAUCAACAUAUACCCGGAAAUCCAGUUAUCCCAGGUGCCUGUGAUGUUGAAGAACCCCACGACAGAGUUCAUGUUGAACGCAUGCCUUAGCGGGGAACGUGCCACCUGGCCCAAGCUUGGACGUAUUCGCAACCACUGCGCCAUCGAACUGGCCUUGGACUCAGCCAUUCAGGAAAUGCGGGCACGGGUUGCCUUUCAUCCGAGUCGCAUUAAUGUGAAAUUGGACAGCAUGGUCGACCAUUCUCUCGAGUCUCUUGACAGCAGUGGAGGACGAGGACGCUUGCUGAACCGCAGAAGCUCUUAUAAUCAUGAACUCGAAAAGACAAAGCACAUGAGGCAUAUUCCGAGCCGGCAGACAAGGCCAUAUCUGCAACGGUCUCGCAGCGUGUUACUAUCCGAACAGUCCCGCAGCAUAGACUCUGUGACGGCUUUGAAACUGGACCAAGGUAUCGACCAACGUACUAAAGGCCAUCAGAACUCAUCUUUGAACACCGGUGACGGAUCGUAUGCUACUGGAUCUGACAGUGAUGAGGAGAGCGGAGCAUCGCCAUCGCCCCUUGGAAAUUAUGGGUCGCUUAGGUCCCAUGUGUCCUGGGAGCCAUCGUCUGAAGAUCACCCCUUCGCCUGGUCAAGCCUGGACGGUAGCGCGAACUCAUCUCAAUCAUUCGCAUCCGCCCACUCGCGAGGGUCAUCGCACCGGGCAUCUGCCUUGUCUCCGCAGACCUCGCAUGCGGUGCGUACCAUGCCGGAGAAGUCGUUAUCACCUCCACGCCACCAUCUUCGGAUGACGCCCUCCGCCUAUGUCAGAUCUCCCAAUUCUGGCCGUUUUCUUAACUGA